UAUUAGGUAUUUAGUUCUCAAAGAGUAAUAACUUAUAAAACAUUAAUAAAACUAAGCAAUAAUUUGUCUUCCAUAAUGGAAGGGCAGCAAUGGACAAAAUUACUUGUUUUACUAGAUCAAAACUCAUCAGAAUAUGAACACUUAUCAAUUAAUGAAGCCUUUUUAAAGUUCUAUAAUGAAACGAACAAUAUUCCACAUGAAGAAUGGCUCAGUGAGCAACUUGCAGAAACACCUACCAAGUCCAAUACAAAAGCUGAAACCUUUCGAAGCCUUGGAAAUAAAUUUUACUGCAGAGGAAACUUCAAAGAAAGUAUUAAAUGGUACACAAUGAGCCUGCAUUUUGCAAUUCACAAUGGAGCAGAGUAUGGUAAAGCACUAGCCAAUAGAUCAGCAGCAUCUUUUGCUCUGGAGCAGUAUGAUGAAUGCUUAAAAGACAUUGGAGCUUGUUUUGCAAGUGAAUAUCCUGUUGAAUUACAACAGAAAGUUUUAUUAAGAAAACUACAGGCUUAUUAUCAUUUAGAUAUGGAUGAUGAGUUUAAUAAACAAGUAUUAGACAUGGAGGACGAAUUUAAGGAUACUGACUUAGUAGAAUUAAGAUACAAUUCAGAAAAAGGCCGCCAUGUUAUCGCCGCUAAAGAUAUUGAACCAAACUCCAUUUUGUUUAAAGAAGAAGCUUUCGUUGCUGCGCAAAUUUUCAAAUCUCGUGAAGAACUUGAGCACGAAGUGUGCUACAAUUGCUUGAAGCAUAUUCCUUACUUUUCAUUACCAUGUCCUUCAUGCACCUAUUGCCUAUACUGCAGUGAAAACUGUAAGACAACUUCAUGGUCUUCAAGCCAUCGCUUUGAAUGUCCUGGCAUGAUUAUUUUCUACGAAUUAGGUCAAGCAUUACCAGCCUUCAAGUGCAUAAUGAAAGGUAUCACCAGUAACUACACAGAAGCUGAUAAAACAUCAGUUAUCUUUGGUGAUUCAGACAAUAAUUACAAAUACGCUAAUUCAUUACUAACAAAUUUUGAAAUACGCAGUGAUAAAAUGAAUUUCCUUGGAGUAGCACUGAUUAUCAUCAUUUAUUUACGAAGUAAGACUGAUUUCUUUACUUAUAUUCACGAAUAUAUACAAAACAGAGAAGAUUUAGAGGUUUUCAUGGGACAAAUGUUAGUAAAACACAUGGUGCAAUUGUUUUGUAAUGGCAGCAUUGUUGAAAGACAAACCGGGUUGAAUUCUGAACGUAGACCGAUUGCAGCCGCCAUUUAUCCAUCGAUUUGUAUGAUGAAUCAUUCCUGCAAGUCGAAUAUCACGAUAAAAUAUAAUGGUUCUACAGCAAUUGUGAAGUCAAUUGACAAGAUUCUCGAAGGUGAGGAAGUUUUCAAUAGUUAUGGUGUUGAUUACACCACAGAUAAAAGCUUUAGACGAAAAUAUUUACUUGAAAACUUUGGUUUUCAUUGUUCCUGCUCAAUUUGCGUCAAUAAUUAAACUCCGACUUGAGUUUUUCAUCGUAUUCCGAAUAAUAUCGAACAGUUUGAACCAAAUUGUUAGUAUUUACUAGUUCCUUAAACCGUAUUUCUUUUUAAUUGCUCUCUGUGAAACCACGCUAAUAAUUUAUGCAUCGUUCCGCGCGCCAUUUCGUUUUCUCCACGCUGAAUUCAAUUUUCAGCCUGUUGUACUAUUUACGCAGGAGAGUCAAUUAAAAAUUCCAUUACAACAUUUUUACGACAUUUCUACCUGCGUAGCAUAUGGAAUACACACGGAAAGUAGAUUGUUGUGAUAGAGCUAUUAGAAGCACUUUGCACAAACGUAAAUAUAGAUUUUCUUUCGUUUUGCUUACACUACGCUCCUUUUUAUGGACAUGCAUGCUUCCACAUCGUUAAAAUAUUAAUUAGCUUUCGUCUUAUACGCUGCACGUCGCCACCAAAUGGUCUGUAAUGAAUAUAUUAGUAUGGUUUAUGGAUCAUAAGUGGAUCAAGAUCAGAAAUACGGUUUAUUUGUUUGGAAAACAAAAGAAAUUCACGUUUUUUCAUAAAAAUGAAAGAAAACGUUAAAAUUAGUUAGGAAUUUUGAGGUUAUGUGAUAUAUUUGUUUGUUUUUAUUGAUAUACAAGUUUAGAAGAAGUUUUUCAUUGAAUGCGACAUGGAAACAGUA